UUUAUCUUCAUGAAGACUCCCGUCAACGGAUAAUUCACCGUGAUCUCAAAGCUAGCAACAUUCUUCUUAGACCAAGAAAUGAAUCCAAAAAUCGCAGAUUUUGGAUUAGCUAAAGUCUUGGCCAAACUACCACACAUCAAUUCACAAACAGAAUUUCUGGAACUUAGUAAGUAAAUUCAUCUUGCUAACUUAUUAAAUCUAAAAAACAAACAAACGGGUAUAAACUUGCUUUUUCGUUUCAUCUUGGACCGGGUAUAUGGCUCCGGAAUACGCCAUGAACGGACAGUUCUCUGUAAAAACAGACGUGUAUAGCUUCGGUGUAUUAGUGAUUGAGAUCAUUACAGGUAAGAGAAGCAGCAAUAAUAAUGAAGAUAGAGAAGGUCUUCUUAGUUGGGUAUGGAGAAGCUGGAGAGAAGAUAUUAUACUAAGCGUAAUCGAUCCCUUUUUAACCACUGGAUCAAGAAACGAUAUCUUGAGAUGCGUACACAUUGGUUUAUUAUGCGUUCAAGAGAUGUCAAUAACUAGACCAACUAUGGCUUCGGUUGCUCUCAUGCUCAGUAGCUGUUCCUUUACUCUCCCAACUCCUUCAAGGCCUGCGUUUGUGUAUGAGAAUGUGAUUCCUUCGAUAGAAUCUUCUUCAGCGGAAGGGUUGCAAAUGUCGCUGAAUGGUGUCAGUGUUUCUGAGUUAUCUCCACGUUAGGGAGUUUAAUUAGUAACGUUUUUUAAUUCUUCUCUAUAAGCCUUUUAAUGGUUCUGCUUUUGUUAAGCUGAACCUGUGAGUCUCUCUUUUUCUCUCAUAUUUUUUUCUUUCAGUGUUUGAGUAAUAUUUUAGUUCUUCUCAGUCGUAUGAAGUUUGAACCAUGAGUUUAAGUGAGAAAGCUGCCGUUUGGUCAGUUUGAGUAUAGUGCUGACAAAAUACUUUAACAGGGAAAGAGGGUUUGCUAAAGUGGAAACAAAGGAGCUUCUCUGAGUCUCCAUGGCAGGAUACUCGUAAUCUCCUAGACCCGAAACCAGAAUAUGUAUAAUAUUAAUUUCGUCUUACUGUUCACUAUAACCUGAGAUCUCUAACACAGUGAUCAUAGUCUUUUUCCAGUUGAAGUAAUGACUUCUAGUUGUCUU